AUGGUUGGGGUACCGCGCAGCACUGGCUGUCGCACCUGCAUCCAGCGGCGAAUCAAGUGUGAUGAGGGCCGACCGGAAUGUCGUCGUUGUCGCGACAGAAACGUCAAGUGUUCGGGUUAUCAGCGCCGAGUGAAAUUCUACCACCAGACUCCGGCAUCUCUUAAAAAUGGGAAGCAGAAAGACAGUCAACAUGUCGCUGCGCCAUCAGCUGUUCAUGCACUCAUUCCUCGGGCGAGCAUGGAUGCGAAAUUAGCACCCGGCCUGGCAUCCGCAGCAACAGACACCCAGAUGAAGGAGGUAUUCCAGUACUUCGUCAUGGUCUCCUUUCCAGGCCUGUUCUCCGCUUGGCGGAACAGAGUCCAGCUCAACUGGCUGGACUUUGUUCGACAUCACCUGGACACCUCGUCGCAGGCCCUGAUCUGGAGCCUCCGCAGUCUGAGCGUAUGGCACCUCGCUCGCGCGCAUAAUGAUCAGGAGAAGAUCCUCGCCAGCCGGCACCUCUACGGCCGCGGUCUGCAGCACUUGAUCUCCUCCCUCCGCAACCCCCGCACCGCCACCUCAAGUUUGACCCUCAUGGCUGCCAUCCACCUUGGGAUAUACGAAAUGCUCGACGGGCUCGGCGAGAAAUCCUGGCUCACUCAUUCCCGGGGAAUUGGCAGACUAUUCCGACUUCGGGGUCCCGAGGCGCACCGCGAUGGAUUUGGCCGCACACUACUGGUGGCGUACCGCUCGUUUCUGGUCGCAGAUGCGCUCGUCGCCCAGGAGCCGUGCUUUCUGGAGGAACCUGAGUGGCGAGCCAUGGUCCACGACACGAUCGCAUUCGAACGUAGCGCGGGGAAAAGCUGUCCGCUGAGCGAGAUCGUGGAGCUCGCUUUCAACGAGAUUGUACUCUGUCCGGGGCUUUUUGUGCAGACGCGCGACUUCAUUUCACAGAGGGGGGUGAAGUCGGAGAUACAGCGAGAGUCGCUGGUUGCUCGGGUCACCCGUUGUCGGGACAGACUUGUCGAGUUCCAAGGCGAAAUGGAGCCUUUGAUCGUCCAGUAUGAUAAGAAGGUAAUCAAGUGCGAGGAAGAUGCCGAAAGCCCCAUUCCUACCGAGUUUGGCAGAAAAGUAGCCGAAUUCACGUCCCGAGGCACGCGAUCUGCCAUUGCAGUACUCAACCAGCUGUUGGUUCUGAUCGAAGCAGAUAAAAACCGUUCGUCCUUGGAUACAAAGUCGCAUUGUUCGAGUACUAUAUGGAAACUACCAGCAGGAAGCAUGGCUUCGCCCGAGUCGCGGGACACGCAACUGAUUGCCUACGACGCACAUGAAGAUGACUCCCCUGAUCGACUGGACCAGCUUGCACUGUCGAUGGGCAUGCUAGCAAUCAGGACAUGA